AUGACCGAAAGUGUGAACGAUGCUAAAGUAGAGGUGCAAGCCAGUGAGUUCAGAAACGUUAAGCUGCCCAAAUUUUGGAAGGAAGAACCACGACUAUGGUUCAUAAUGCUUGAACGCGAAUUUGCUGCGUACAACAACGUGAAGGCGGAGGCGAUAAAGUGUUCCGCAGUGCUAAGGAACCUCGACCAGGCGACAAUGAAAAUUGUUCUGGACAUCAUUGAAGCUCUGCCGGAAAAGAGUACGUAUCAAGACCUAAAAACGGCUCUCAUCGAACGGUUGGCAAAAUCGGACGAGGCCAACCUGAGGCAUCUGCUUUCGAGACUCGAGCUAGCAGAUCGUAAGCCAUCGGAACUGCUAAGAGAGAUGAUGCAGUUAGCGGGAGAAAAUGUCAGCGAAAAUGCAGUCCGGACACUAUGGAUGCAGCGAUUACCCGUUCGAGUACAAGAAGUCUUAACCAUUCUCGAUGGUGCAGAAUUGGAUCGUUUGUCGAAGGUGGCCGACAAAACCAUUGAACGCUCCACAUUGGAGGUGGCCACCGUGGCUGGUUCUUCGCACGCCAAGAUGGACGCCGGACGUGAGAAGGACAGCGAGCUGGCAGCCAUUAUCAAAAGGCUCUCGCGCAUCGAGACGCAGUUGGCUAGGCGUAGCCGAAGCCCAUGGAGACGUCGUUUCCAAAGAAGGCAGAGAAGCAGUUCCAGAGGCAGCAACUCCGAAAAUGCAGAACGGAAUGGACUCUGCUACUUCCACCACAGAUUUGGCACUAAGGCUUGGAAGUGCAAGGAACCCUGCGCAUGGGUGCCCCCCGAGAAGAAGAAGCAGACGGAAAACUAA